CUCGGGCGGCUCGGGUGGGGGGCCCCGGGGGCCCCUGGGGUCCCGGGUCCUACCGCUCGGCCACCAUCGGCCUGGCCACGCUGUGCGCCAUUCUGCUGAUCUCCAUCAUAGCCGUUACUGCACACUGUGAGCCCUCACCUGACAGAGAUACGUUUUGAUUUAAUUAUGAGUUUGUGCACACUUUACUGUAAUUAGGGCCCGAGCACUGACAGUGCGAAGGCCCUAUUGUAUCUGUAGGAAUUUUCCUUUUUAUCCUUUUUUUUUUUUUAUCCUUAUUUAUCUUCCGACGAAAGGAGGGGGCCUUUUUUCCCCCUAAACGUGCCCCAAAAGCCACCAAAUUUUGCACGCAAGCCAGGCCUGGCGAAAAUUUUGAUAUUUCAUGGUUUGCAUUAAUGGCCGUGGCAAAAUGGCUCAACAGCGCCCCCUAGAAAACUUUGUGCCUCAAGCCCCACAAUACGGUUUGACGUACAUGCACGAAAAUCGGUACACACCUGUAUCAUGUCGCAACUUAAAGAAAAGUCUCUUGGCGCCAUGGCGAAAAAUUUGAUGUUUAAUGGUUUGCAUUAAUGGGCGUGGCCUAAUGGCUCAACAGCGCCCUGUAUCAUGUCGCAACUUAAAGAAAAGUCUUGGUGCCAUGGCCGAAACCGAACAGGAAGUCGGCCAUUUUGAAUGAAUCGUGUAAUUUUGGCGCAAUUUAUGCCAUUUAAUGCGGCCCGAACCGUAACGUGCACCCAGGUGUGUUAUACAUCAAAAUGUGCGUCUCGAUCCUGCGACGACGCACAUUACUUUUCUCAGUCAAAAGCGUUACCGUGGUGACGAAAGACGCCAAAAAGCGCGCCCCCCCUUCAUCUGAUUGGUCCAUAUUUGAUAGUUCCUACUUUCUGCCAUAACUUUUGAAUGUUUUGACAUAAAGAGUCAUGGGUGGUGUCAUCGGACUCGGUUUUGAGUCCUUGACCUUUAUUGAUGAAUAUUGCACGCGCGUGGGCCCGUUCAUCGCUGCUUGCAGCUUUAAUUAAGACUUGUAUGUCCUAGCUAGAAAAUAAAGCAUGUUUCGCUAUUUAAAUCAAGGGUUUAUGGGUCAUCUUCAUGAUUGUCGUCUUAAUGGUUAUGAUAUUGUUUGGUGACCAUAACAUAUUUUAUUGAUAAACGACAAAGAUAGAAAAACAGUAGGAUCAAGACAGUUUUCAAAUAAAACGGAGAAAGCGACGGUGUGAGAGGCACCAUUGAAUGUAUUUCUACUGUUUAUGUUUACAUUUGCAAAGUUAAAAAGUAGAUAAAGUGGCACUAAGAGGUGUCAACUCUGAAAGCAGGCUAGAUUUUUUGGGGAAUGAAUUCAGUUGUCCGUUGCAGUUGGUGCGACCUUGUUUUUUCAUUUCUGCAUUCCGUGUAGUCAUUGAACACAUCAGAGCACAGAUUUAAUGACCCUUUUAUUUCCUGCUUCCAGUUAAGUGAUGUGGUUGUCCUGAUUUGCUGUGGCCAUCUCACAUGGGACAAGCAGAAAGAGGAAAAAGACGUAUUUUCUUUUAGUAUUUCUGAGGAAGCACGGUUAAGGACGCGUAUAACUUUCUACGGUUGUGGCGACCUCUUUUCUUAAAUGAAUGUCUCUUCCGGGAUUGAUAAAGUAUUUUGAAUUGAGUUGAACUUCAUAACUUAUAACCAAAACAGCUGCACCGAUGUGCAGGAAAACCACUGUGGAGGUGACGAUCAGCCCAAAGGAACGGUGUGCUGGAGUGUUCCCUCAACCUGACAUCAGUUCGUAUGAGUGCAGGGUCCAGGAUUUGCAAUAUAAGAACAGACCUCAGGGCGGUGGUGAAGCGACCUCGGAGGGGCAGAAGCAGGAUGCAAAUGUCUCGGCUCUGACGGUUUCCAUCAGCAAACUGCAGCAGGAGAAUGAACAGCUGACAAAGGAGAGAGACGAGCUGCUGGCCAAACUGGCCGUCAAGGUGGCCACCAAAGCUCCUCCUGUGAUCAGUACGGCGCCAGAAGCAACACGGGCCCCUACCGUUUGCCCCACGGGUUGGCUUGUCUUCGGUACCAGCUGUUACCUCAUCUCCAAACAAGGAAAGACCUGGAGCGGAAGCAGAUCGUAUUGUCAGAGGCAAGGAGGUCACCUGGCCAUCAUCCUGUCAGCGGAGGAGCAGACAUUUUUGUGGAAUCUGCUUCCCAGAGGUCACUGGAAUCCUUACUGGUUUGGAAUCACUGACGGAGACUCAGAGGACGAUUGGAAGUGGGUUGAUGGUACCCCGCUGGUAGGAGGUUUCUGGGAAGUCGGAGAGCCCAACAAUCACAUCAACGAGGACUGCGGUUACAUUGUGAAGACGCGGGUGCUGGAGCGAGUGCCGAUACGGAGCUGGUUCGACGCUCCCUGCGAGAUGUCCUUGCCCUUCAUAUGCGAGAAAGAAAUGGUCAACGACACCAGAACCGCCGCGCCACACUGAGAUGUCAGCAAAGCUCUUUAGGAACACAAGAUGAUUAACCAGCCGGUAGUUUACCGGGAUGAGAGCUCAGAUUAGCAUUGAUACACUGCAAACACUCAAAAUCUUACCAGGAAUAUUUGUCUUAU